AGACACCAUAGAGAAGAACAGAGAGAGAUUAGAAAACAUAAAUUUGAAGUUUUUGAAUUCUUAACACAGAAACCAAUACAGGGGAGAAAUAAUGGGGUCUUCUUCUGGGCAAAGCAGUAGCUAUGAUUCCUCCUUCAAGAUCUUGUUGAUUGGGGAUUCUGGUGUGGGCAAAAGUAGUCUUCUAGCCAGCUUCAUUUCCACCUAUGUUAAAGAUCUCCCACCCACCAUUGGUAUGGACAUCAAAAUUAAGUUGCUGACAGUCGGUGACAAGAAACUGAAGUUGACAAUAUGGGAUACAGCCGGACAGGAGCGGUACAGAACAUUGACGAGCUCUUAUUACAGAGAUGCCCAUGGAAUCAUUCUUGUUUAUGACGUGACGCGAAGAGAAACCUUUACAAACUUGUCGGACUUUUGGGCUAAAGAAGUUGACCUCUACUCUACCGAUCAGAACUGUGUCAAGAUGCUUGUUGGAAAUAAAAUUGAUAAAGACUCUGAGAAGGCUGUAAGUAGAGAAGAGGGAAUGGCUUUGGCAAAAGAGCUUGGAUGUUUAUUUCUUGAAAGCAGUGCAAAAACUAGAGAAAAUGUGGAGCGAUGCUUUCAAGAGGUUGCCCUGAAGAUUCUGGAGAGUCAUCCUAGUCUUCUGGAAGAAGGAUCUAGUUCAGAGAAAGGAAAUGAUUCAGAGCAGGAGCCAGCAUCUCAGCCACCUAUCAACGUGACCAUUGAUAUGAGAACAACCACUGGUGGCGGCUGUUGUUGAUGCGAAAAUGAGCCUGAAGUGGCACUGCUGAGUGCUGACAGUACACAUACCAUGUUCCCUUUGAGAUAUUAUGAACAGAUAUAUGUAUAUAUCUUCACCACCUUUUACUCUUGUCAUCGUGGUUUGCCCUAAUAACUUGUACCAUCACUCUGGAAAUACCAGCACCCAUCUUAGCUUGUGCAAAUUGGUUUGCUUUCUGUCUUUUA